UAAAAGAAGCAAUCUGACAGAACUUAUUCCAAUUUUUCUUUCACAGAUUUUUAAAACAAAAAAUGAGUGCCUGGGAAGAUAAUGAGGAAAUUCAAUUGUUUCGGGAAUAUUUACGGAUUCCCAGUGUUCAUCCAGAUAUUGAUUAUGAACCCUGCAUAGAAUUCCUGAAAAAGCAAGCCCAAGAUUUGGCUCUGCCCAUAGAAGUCUACUAUCCGGCGGAUAAAACCAAACCCGUUGUGGUAAUAAGCUGGCAGGGUACCCAGCCCGAAUUGCCCUCGGUGAUAUUGAAUUCUCACAUGGAUGUUGUGCCCGUUUUCGAAGAGAAAUGGACGCAUCCUCCCUUUGGUGCCGAAAUGGAUGAGGAGGGAAGAAUUUUCGCACGCGGCUCCCAGGACAUGAAAUGUGUGGGAAUGCAAUAUUUGGCUGCCAUUAGAGCUCUAAGGAAGAAGGGAGUGCAAAUGAAACGUACCGUGCACAUGACCUUCGUGGCGGAUGAAGAAAUCGGUGGCCAUUUGGGCAUGGAGGCAUUUGUCAAAAGUCCCGAUUUUAAAAAGCUCAAUGUGGGCUUCUCCCUGGACGAGGGCAUUGCUGCCACAGAUGAUAUCUAUUCCAUAUACUAUGCUGAGAAAACUAUAUGGCAAAUCCAAUUCCAAAUAUCCGGCCAGGCUGGCCAUGGUUCAUUGCUCCUAAAAAAUACCGUUGGAGAGAAACUCAACUAUAUUUUGGGGAAAAUGAUGGCCCUAAGAGCGGAGGAAUCCAAACGUCUGGAAAAUGAUCCUUCGCUGACGAUAGGUGAUGUUACGACCAUUAAUUUGACCACCAUUAACGGUGGAGUCCAGAGUAAUGUUGUGCCGCCAUUUUUGAGUGUGGGCUUUGACAUACGCCUGGCCAUUACCGUGGAUCAUCAGGAAUUUGAGAAACAGCUCCGCCAAUGGUGCGAAGAAGACGGCGGCGGCAUUCAAUUGCAUUUUGAACAUAAGGAACCCAAAGUAGAGGCCACCAAAGUUGACGCCUCCAAUAUCUAUUGGGUGGCCUUUGAAAAGUGUCUAGUCGAGGAGUUGGGUCUAAAGAUACGCAAACUAGUGUUGCCCGGUGGCACGGAUAGUCGUCACAUACGUUACGUUGGAAUACCUGCAAUCGGUUUCUCGCCCAUGAUUAAUACACCAGUUUUGCUGCAUGAUCAUGAUGAGCAUUUAAAGGCCGACACCUAUUUGAGGGGUGUGGAGAUCUAUGAAAAACUCAUACCGGCUUUGUUGAAUGCAUAAAGUGGACAAGGGAAAGAGAUUUUAAAACAAAAUUCAAUUACAAAAAAA